AAAAAAAUCACAAUCUCUGAAACAAAAAAAAAAAGGCAAAUUCAGAAACAUGCGUGUGGUUAGGAGAGAUCUCAAGAUUCUAUCUUAACUCCUCCAUCUCUCGUCUCAGUGACUGUUGAUUAAUAUCAUGGGUUCUGUAAUGAGCUUAAACUGUUCCAAGAGGAAAGCAACUAGUCAAGACGAGGAAACCUCAUCAAACGAAUCUCGCAAAAGACGAAAGAUAUCUUCUUCAAACGAUGAAGACUACUCCAGACUGAUUCCUUACCUCCCUGACGAGUUAUCUAUACAGAUUCUCGCUAGGCUCCCAAGAAUCUCCUACUCGAGUGUGCGGUUAGUUUCUCGGAGGUGGAGAUCAGCUGUGUCCACCUCUGAGGUGUAUACUCUGAGGAAAGAGCUCGGUAUAACCGAGGAAUGGCUCUACGUGCUUACCAAAGGACACGAGGAUAAGCUUUUAUGGUAUGCUUUGGAUCCUGUGUCCACGAGAUGGCAGAGACUCCCUCCAAUGCCUGUUAUUGUAUACGAAGAGGAGUCUAGAAGGAGUUUUUGGAAUCUCGUUAGCCCUAGCUUUAAGGUUGCUGAGAUUGUGAGGAGCUUGCUCGGUAGAAGAGACGCUUCUGAGCAGAUGCCUUUCUGUGGAUGUGCUAUUGGCUCUGUAGAUGGGUGUCUCUAUGUUCUUGGAGGUCUCUCUAGGUCUAAAACAGUUAACUGUGUGUGGAGGUUUGAUCCUAUUGUUAACUCUUGGAGUGAAGUGAGUUCUAUGUUGGCGAACCGUGCUUACUCCAAAACAGGAGUGUUGGAUAAGAAGCUCUACGUUGUUGGAGGUGUUGACCGUGGAAGAGGAGGUUUAUCUCCUCUUCAGACAGCUGAGGUUUACGACCCCAACACUGAUUCUUGGUCUGAAGUUCCCAGCAUGCCUUUCACGAAGGCUCAGGUGUUGCCUAACGCCUUCUUGGCUGACUUGCUUAAGCCUAUCGCCACGGGGAUGACUUGUUACAACGGUAGGUUAUGUGUGCCUCAGAGUUUAUACUCGUGGCCUUUCUUUGUUGACGUUGGUGGUGAGGUUUAUGAUCCUGAGACGAAUCUUUGGGCUGAGAUGCCGUCUGGUAUGGGUGAAGGUUGGCCUGCGAGGCAAGCGGGGACGAAGCUCAGUGUUGUGGUGGAUGGUGAGUUGUAUGCUUUUGAUCCUUCUUCAUCGAUGGAGAAUGGGAAGAUUAAGGUUUAUGAUCAGAAGGAAGAUACUUGGAAAGUUGUUAUAGGGGAAGUGCCUAUUUAUGAUAUGACGGAUUCAGAGUCUCCUUAUUUGCUUGCUGGGUUUCAUGGGAAGCUUCAUUUCAUUACUAGAGAUGCUAAUCGUAAUGUUACAGUGUUGAGAGCUGAUGUACCUGACAUCUCAGGCUCUAGCUCUAGCUCUAGCUCUAGCUCCAGCUCCAAGUCUGUUUUGGGAUCAUGUUCUUUGAAGGAAAAGGGCAAUGUAGUUAACAAGUCAGACACUGUUAUUUGGAAAGUCAUUGCAAGCAAGGACUUAGGUGCUGCUGAGCUUGUUAGCUGCCAAGUUAUAGAUAUAUGAAAAAGCAUAAGAGACUUUGCUCAUUUGACACUGAGAAAAUCUGUGUGUAUAGCCAAAGUUUGAAGCUUUAUGAUAUGUUAUUCCCAAAGAUAUUUAUAAAAGUAUAAUUCUUCAAUUAUGAUAUACAAAUUAUGUAUACUUCUUCUUCUGGCCUUGGCUGUCAUGUAAGCAAUAAAAAAUUGUGUAACAUAUAUAUAUAAAUUGCCUCUGUUAUAUGGAUUUCAUAUGUGCAAGUAUACACCAAAGCAGUUCUUGGAAGUAAGAAGAAUUGUUCAGCUAUUGAUCAUUUUGCUUAACCGGAAGUGUCGGUUCGGUUAAGAAUCUCUUCGUGGUUAUUGGCUUGGUUCUUCUAUAAUGGUGGAACCAAGCACCUAACAUUAUAGAUGUUGCAGGCAGAAGAAGAAAAUGGGUAAAAAGAAAGAAUGAUUAAUGCGUUGGAAUCAUUUGAUACUCCAUCCUCUCUUUUUAUCUUCCUUUUUCAUAAAUAAUGAAAGUUGGUUCUUGAUUUAUUUCAACGAAUCUGUUCAUUGAUUAAUUGUUGUAUUACUUUAAUAUGAUGUGAAUGAAAAAGUCUUAUAUUUUUUCUGAA